CGGCCGGGAGCGGGCCGCGGCGGCCGCGGGUUGGCAGACGGCGGAGGUUUGGGAGACUCCGGUCCGCUCGGCAGCCGGCGGGCCACCCGGGCCUCCGCGGAGACGAUGGCGAAGGAAGAAGACAGCAGUAUUUAUCCAGAGUGGAUGCCCACAGUUAGAGGAAAAAUAGGUGGAGGGUCGUCUGUAGAAGUCCGCCAAAGGAAGAAGCACAAGACUUCAGGAAGCCAGGAAGCCAGAGCACAGAAGACCAGAAGCCCCGCAGUUUCUGAAAGACUUUCAAAAUAUUUGUCGUUUCAGCGCUUUGCCAAGGUGCUUAUUGGCUGUAUCGCGGCCGUGGUCAGUGGCGUGAUGCAUGUUUUCUACUUAUCAGCGUACCACGAGCGGAAAUUCUGGUUUUCCAACAGGCAGGAACUUGAACGAGAAAUCACAUUUCAGGGUGACAGUGCUAUUUAUUACUCCUAUUACAAAGACAUGUUAAAGGCGCCGACGUUUGAAAGAGGUGUUUACGAGCUGACGCACAACAACAAGACGGUCUCCCUGAGGACGAUCAACGCGGUGCAGCAGCUGUCUCUGUACCCGGAGCUCAUUGCCAGUGUUCUCUACCGAGCAACGGGGAGCCAUGAGAUGAUUGAACCAGUAUAUUUCUACAUUGGCAUUGUCUUUGGAUUACAAGGAAUAUAUGUGACAGCUUUAUUUGUCACAAGUUGGCUUAUGAGUGGCACAUGGCUCGCAGGGAUGCUUACUGUUGCGUGGUUCCUAAUUAAUAGGGUGGAUACAACAAGAAUUGAAUACUCCAUUCCUCUAAGAGAAAACUGGGCUCUACCAUAUUUUGCGUGCCAAGUUGCUGCACUUACAGGCUAUUUAAAAAGAAAUCUAAAUACUUACGCAGAGAGGUUUUGCUACCUGUUGAUGAGCGCCUCAACGUACACUUUCAUGAUGGUGUGGGAGUACAGCCACUAUAUCUUGUUUCUUCAAGCAGUCUCCCUCCUGCUGCUGGACGUCUUCUCAGAGGAACAAAGUGACAAGAUUUACGAGGUGUAUAAAAUCUACAUAUUUUCCCUUUUCCUUGGGUAUUUACUACAGUUUGAGAAUCCAGCUCUAUUGGUGUCUCCUUUGUUGAGUUUAGUAGGCGCGUUAAUGCUAAUUAAGUGCCUUCAGCUGAAUGGGAAAAAAGGAACUUUUGUGGCUAAAGUAAUCAAAGUGUUUAAGUUUUAUUUGGUAUGUACUCUGCCACUGACCUUGAAUUUGAUAAUGAAGACAUUUGUCCCACACAAAGAAAAUGAGCAUGUGCUAAAAUUUCUUGAAGUAAAAUUUGGACUAAAUGUGACUAAGAAUUUCACACUGAACUGGCUGCUCUGUCAGGAGUCUCUCCAGGCACCGUCUCAGGAUUUCUUCUUACGACUGACACAAUCUUCCCUAUUACCAUUCUAUAUUUUAGUGUUAAUUAUUUGUCUUCUUUCUAUGACACAAGUUAUUUUUCGGAGGAUGAAUGGUAAAUCCCAGAAAGAAAUGGUAACUCUUGAAGACGGGAGAAUUGGAGAAAGGCCAGAAAUCAUUUAUCAUGUCUUUCAUAGUCUUAUACUGGGUUCUCUUGCAAUGCUGAUGGAAGGCUUGAAAUUCCUCUGGACCCCGUACGUGUGCAUGCUGGCCGCGUUUGGCGUCUGCUCCCCUGAGCUGUGGAUGACACUCUUAAAGUGGCUUCGGCUGAGGACUGUGCACCCUAUCCUGCUGGCUCUUAUUCUAAGCAUGGCUGUGCCCACUAUUAUAGGACUUAGUUUAUGGAAAGAGUUUUUUCCGAGAUUAAUUACAGAGUUAACAGAACUACAGGAAUUCUAUGAUCCAGAUACAGUGGAGCUCAUGACCUGGAUAAAGAGGCAAGCUCCAGUUGCAGCCGUGUUUGCAGGAAGCCCGCAGUUAAUGGGUGUGAUCAAGCUAUGUACCGGCUGGAUGGUGACAAGCUUGCCACUUUACAGCGAUGACGAUCUUCUCAAGAGAAACGAAAACAUUUACCAGAUCUAUUCAAAGCGAUCUGCUGAGGACAUUUAUAAGAUACUAACAUCUUACAAAGCUAACUACCUAAUUGUAGAAGACGCCAUCUGCAAUGAGAUGGGAACCAUGAGGGGCUGCAGGGUUAAAGAUUUAUUAGAUGUUGCAAAUGGACAUGUGCUUUGUGAAGAAGACAACAAAUUAAGCUUUUCAAAGUACGGACGGUUUUGUCACGAGGUCAAGAUUAACUAUUCUCCGUAUGUGAACUACUUUACUCGUGUGUACUGGAACAGGUCCUACUUCGUGUAUAAAGUCAACACUGUGAUCUCCUUCCAGUCUUGAGAAUAGCAGAGCCUUCGCUUCAGAGACUGCUACUUGAAGUCACAUGCAGGGUUCUGGACCUGCACGGUGUCCUGCAGGAGGUGUGGCUGUCUGAACUGCUGCUGCUCCUCCCACGCCUGCUGCUGAUUCCUGGGUUUACCAUUUUGUUGGAAGUAGAUGAGAUGUCACUGUCUUAGUAAAAUGUCAGAUCCAGCACAGCAAUCUUCCUGACAGCUUUCUUCCUUAGUACAUGAUUUAAAGAUUUCCUGUCGCAUCAUCUCCUCAUGAGUCUUAUCUAUCAUAAUAUUGAUCUUUAAUUUGGAAAAAUUUCAAGGUCAGUGUUUACUUCAAAAGCAUAAUUUUUAAUAAGAGUGUGAUUUAUAGUAGAAGAGGAAAUUCACAAAGCAAGUUUGUAACAGUUGUGAAUUUUUUACAAUUAAAAAUAAUUUAAAUGUUAGUUAAAAAUAUGUGACAUUUAAAUUAGAAGGGAAAUAACAUAAAGGAAAGUGAUUCUUUUCAUGAUACUGUUCCUGUCAUCUGCUGCUCGAGUGACCUAGCAUAUUCUUAGCAACACAUAGGAUGAAUUAGUACUUUGAUUAUUUCAUGACUAUUAAGUGAUUGCCUUUCUCACUUAUGCCCAUUAAAUGCCUAACAAUUUAAUCAUGCUAAAACAACAACUUUUGUUUGUUUAUAUAUUUAUGUGUGUGUAUGGACACAUAUGUACACACAUAUACAUACAUAUGUAUGGACAUUUCAAAGAAUUUUAGGAUCUUGUGGAUGUGGAGUAUACAAUCUAAUCACGUUUUCUAUGGACGUAUUAAAUAAAAAUAAUGAAGACUGUCACAAUAAUGAUAUGCACACUGCCAUGGGCACCGUUUUCUGGAGGUGUUGCAGACACUUUUAAACACACCUGCAUAUAGGUGUAUUGGUUAUAAAGUAUAGCCAAUGAAGUGAUGUUAUUUAUGAAACAUUAUAUGUUUAACAGUAAGAACAAAGUGAGGGUUAAAUAAAGUUUUCACCAUUUCACAGUAUAAAUGCCAUAUUCCUUUGUGUAUUUGCACUUUUUUAUCAUUAAAAGAAAUUCUAAGCCAGGGCAGUGACUCGCAUCAUUAAUCCCAGCAUUUGCGAAACAGAGGCAGGCAGGUCUCUCUGAGUUCCACGGCAGCCAGAGAUACAGAGUGGAACCCUGUUUCAGGGAGGAAAAAGAAAAGAAAGAAAUUGUAAAUUAAUUUGGCCUUUUAAAGAGAUUGAGGAUGGGUGAAGCCCGUAGAGAAACGGUUUGACUGAAAUGAGUAUUUAGACAGUUGUUGAGUUCUCUACCUUAUUGUUCGCGUGCUGUAAAGUUACGUUUUCAGAACUCUAAAUAAUCUCUUUUCUUUCUGUAACAGAUACGUACAGAAUUACUUUUCUCUUUCAGGUGUGUGCACUUAGAGUCACUUUAAGAUGCUUUACCGUUGUGGAGCCUAACUGAUGUUUUCAUACCUCUGUCUAGCGUCUCAGGCUGACUCUGAGCACCUUGGGAGUCAGUAGCGGUUAGCAUCAGGCUUUGUGAAAAAUGACCAGUGCUCAAGUUCACAGUGAGUAGCCAUUUGGUCAUACUUAGGAUCAAAUCAUGCAGAAGCAGGGCACUGGUGGCACACGCCUUUAACCAGCACUCGGGAGGCAGAGGCAGGCCCUCUGUGUGUAUGAAGCCACCCUGGUCUACAAUAGCUAGUUCUAGGACAGGCUCCAAAGCUACAGCAAAACCCUGCCUUGAAAAACCAACCAACCAACCAACCAACCAACCAACCAACCAACCAACCAACAACAACAAAGCAAAACAAAACCACGCAGAAGCAGCUUACAUACUGUAAAGUACAAACCCUGUUUCCCCUGUGAUAUGAAAUAUUCAAUUGAAUUUUUACUGACAUGGUAACAUGUGUGGUGUUUUAGUUUCUAUUUUUUUCCCUGAAAUAAUAAUUUGCUUUGCUCCUGUCAAUAUAUUUCUUAAAUAGACACAGAAUUUCUUAAUUAAAAGUUUAUAGUUAGUCCCAGGCAUGGUGGUAUACUCCUUAUCCCCAGCUCUCAGGAGGCAGAGGCAGGUGGAUCUCUGGAUUCCAGGCCAGCCUGGUCUACAGAGUGAGUUCCUGGACAGCCAGAGCUCUAGAGUGAGACUCUCUCAAAAAACAAACAAACAAACAAAAAGUUAAAGACUUUAUAAUUAAAUUUUCACUCCUAAUCAACUAACUGAAACAGAGAUGUAAGCUUUAUUGUAGCGAUUCUGUUGGCUGUGACUGUAGGGCGGUGGCAGACGCACAGCCCUGAGUUCAGUCCCUGGCUCUACUGGAAAAAAAGAGAAAAAAAUGAUAAUGGUAGGUAUCUUAACUGUCACCAACACUAGAAAAUAUUAAAUGCUGAAAGCAUUUUUACUUAGUAACGUAUAGAACAAGUGAAAAAAUCUGUAAGUAGUAAUACCAGGGUGCCUCGCAGCCGUCAGGUUCAGCAGUGGAGCUGCAUCGGAGGAGCAGAGCUUGUGGGGUUGGGGUAGGAAGGAGUUUCUCAAAGAAACCUAAAACAGUUUGCUCUUAGUAUAACAAACCCAUCGAAAUAAGUGCCUUAUCGUCUUUAUUUCUAAAUUCGUUUGAUAUUUCAUAUCAUAUUAGCCACUUUCUUUCCCAUAAGAAAAGAUGGGUAACUUUUUGUGCAUUGGUGAAAUAGAGAAAGGCUGAGGAGGAAGUCCUGCGGUAGAGCACUUCCUUGAGAUUAACCCCACUGUGCACUGUCACCGUUAACUUCAGUAAUGAGCAAAUCUGUGUCCGGAAUGUCCAGUUUCCUCACUAAGUCAUCCAGCCUCUCGGGUGCCAAGUAGUCCGCAAAGAGACUGAGCUGGUAAGGGAUGCGAUAGGACUCUGAGUUUAAUACUUGUGAUGGCUCGGCAUCUGCGUCCUGGUGUGGGGCAUCACGCUGGCAUAGUCACAGUCUGUGUAUGUGUCCUGUACUUGGCACACUAACUCGGCACACGCAUGCACACAGGCGCACACUUGCACACAGGCACACUCAUGCACACAGGCACACACUUGCACACAGGCUUUCCUUUCCCUGGCAGCAACCCAGAUUGCCAGUCGCCUCAGCGUUCUGACUCUUCCAUACCAACCAGAUUCAGUCAACAAAGAAUGAAGAAGAAGUCGAAGUGUUAACCAUUUGGGCUGAAAAAUAUGCCUCAAAUAGAUUAUUAAUUUCUUGUAUAACACUGUUACUAAAUUACUUUUUUUGUUUUUUGUUUUUCGAGACAGGGUUUCUCUGUGGUUUUGGAGCCUGUCCUGGAACUAGCUCUUGUAGACCAGGCUGGUCUCGAACUCACAGAUCCGCCUGCCUCUGCCUCCCAAGUGCUGGGAUUAAAGGUGUGCUAAAUUCCUUUUGAGAAAUCUUUGGGGCCUCUUAUGUUUGAACUGGUAAUACAUUUUGAUGCCUCUUUUUGUAUAAAAGUUUUUUUUUUCAGUUGGCAGAGUUUUUAAUAGUUCUAUGUAAAUCAAUCUUUUGGUAAAUUUAUUUUUAAUGCAUGAAUAUUUCAAGGACAUGUGCUACUAAUUCUGUAUAUUUAGGAACCUUUUUUAAGCUAAUAAUUACUCUCUAAUUUAUAUCAGUAUAUCCUUUCUUUGUUUAUCCCUCUGUUAGCAAUUCUAGUCUUGCUGUGUUUGGUGGUACACACCUGUGAUCACAGCACUUGGGAGAUAGAGACAGGAGGAUCAAGUGUUCAAAGUCAUUUCCAGCUACAUAAAUGAGUUUGAGGCAACCUGGGUUGCAUGAGCCCCUCUGUAAAGAAAAAAAAAUCCGAAAAUUAAAUGUAGAAUCUCUAUUGUUGUCAUUUGCUAGUAGCAUUUAGACUCAAUAUAUAUUAGAAUUCUGGCUCUGGCCUGGUGGUGGUGAUGCACACGUUUAAUCCCAGCACUCGGGAGGCAGAAGCAGGAGCAUCUCUGUGAGUUGGAGGCCAGCCUGGUCUACAGAAGGAGUUCCAGGACAGCCAAGGCUAUACAAAGAAACCCUGUUUCAAAAAAAAAAAAAAAAAAAUUGACUCUGCAAAUUACAAGAAAAAUCAAACAAGUUCUUACUUAAAUUACUGAGUUUUUAAUGUUUAAGGUUAAUGCUUUAAAUAAGAUUAGAUGCAAUGUUAUAAAGGAAUAUGUAUGAUACCUUAUUUUCUGAAUAAUAAAGUUGCUUUUGUAAUAAAACGUACAUGUUGGAGCCAAAUGUGUUGAAUUUAGUGUAAAGGUUUCAUUGCAUUGUUUCUGCUUCUUGACAUGUAGAAUACCAUGUACAAGUCUGGAGAAAUAGGCUUUACUUGUGACUGUUAUCUAUAUUUUGUGAAAGAAUGGCAUAACACAAACCUCUGUUUAAGCCCAUACUUCCUACAGCUGUUAACAGCAAGUAGAGGUGUGGGUGGUCUCUGAGUUCGUCUACAGUGUGUGUAUCUAGAGUAACUGUGUUCUUCCUGCAACUAGGUUACAUUGCCACAAAAGUGUAAAAUGUCAGUAAAUACAAAUACUUUAAAAGAGUUUCCUAGAAAUAGCUUUAUUCCAGAUUUUGUAGCAUUAAUAUCCUUUUAUCAAUAAUGAAGUUCAUUCGUGCUCGUUUACCCUCGUUUUGUCUUCUUAAUAAAACCUCUCAGGAUUUUAA